CUCCUAAAGGUAUGGAGUGUUUAUAUUUUUAUUGCAAGAGGGAGUGUAUUGAAACAACGUGAUAAAAUUUCGCAGUGUAUUAUUUAGUGCUUUGUCAUAUAAAAAAGUUAAGUAUUGAUGUUUAUCUGUGAUGAAGAGGUCAUUGUUAUGUUGUGAUUUUUGAAAACUAAGAGUAGAUGCAGUCGUCGUACAAUAUUUAUGCGUAAUUGAGGACUCAAGUGUGUGUGGAGCGUAGAGGUUAUGUUUCCAACCUUCUCCACGAUUUAAAAGAACGGGAAAAAUCCAUUUUUCUCUACAUGUAAUGGACAGACGUCAUCUUUUAUUUACCAAUCUCACAGCACCAGAUCCUAAGCUCAUAAGGGCUUCUAGCUUUUCGGACUUCUCGACAAUGGAAAAAGUUACGUUUCAAGAACGCUAUCAUUCACAGACAUCAAACAAUCUUGUCAAACAGUACAGCUGCGAAGCUAUUUGCGAUAUCAAUGAAUGUCCUCAAAGAGACACACAAUCACAACCAAUUGUUUAUAGUCAGGAGAGUGCAAAUAUUUGGAAAAAAGAAGUGCCUGCAUACAAUCCAAAAUCUUCUAUCUGGUCAAAAGAAACUAACUUUUCUCGUUUACCAAAUAAUGUAUCAUUUCCGACUGAACAUCACAGUUUCUCAGGUGUAGGUAACAGCACUUCCAAAAGGAUUUUGGCACCACCAAAGUUAAUCGUUAAUGAUACUGAAUUUGAAAAAUCCUUUUCCAAUAGCCAAAAUAGUAAAAACAAUUUUGGUUUAAGUUCUUUAUCGCUUGCAUUAUGGCAUGGACCAUGUGGCAAUUUUGUUAAUUUAAAAAAAAAUUCAAAUUCAAGUAAAACGUCUGCUAUUUUAAAAGAAGAGCGUUUCGUCAUGAAAGACCAAAAAGUUGAGAGGUACAAUUCAAGUAACAAAAAUUUCAACUUUACCAAGAGAGAUAAUUUUGAAAGUGAGGAAAGUAAAAAAUAUGACGUGAAAAAAUUAAACCAGAGACUGAGGUCGCUUGUGGCACCUACCGAAAUUAAAUCAGGAAAACAAAAAAGGUUUUGUAAAUAUUGGGCAGUUGUUUUUAUAGUUCUGCUUUCGUUAGCUGUUCUUUACUUGGCAAUUUUUCUUAAUGACACCGAUUUCUUCAAUAAAUUAUGCGAUCCUCAUUUCCAAAUCAACAAUUUAUCUGAAGAACUGUCCAAACUCGUUCAUGGGCAAAAUGCUGCAGUCAAUGAACUUUCCAAGUUUUUCAGUGAAUUAGAUAAAAAAGCAAGUUUCAAUACUCUAGUGCUAGUUGGUGGAAUCGGGGUGGGAAAAUCUCACUCUUCUGAAAUUAUUAGAAGCAAUUUGAAGGAGACCAGCAAAGUUCUUGAUUUCUUUCCACCUUUAUAUACCAAGGAUAAACAAGCUUACUUAUCAUUAUCCAUAUGCAAGUGCAAUUUGAUAAGAUUGGAAAAUUUAAAAACCGACGACUUGGAGGAAACUGUUAGAUUUGCUAGUAUUUUGAAAGAAAAAUCUAAAAACUACUGUGUCCUUAUUUUAGCAAUUUUUAACCCAGAAGAAGUCGACAACAAUUUACAAAGAGUCCUACACAUAAAUGAAUCCAUGUCAUUGAUCGAAAAGAAAUUCCAGGAAGCUCAAGUAGAAGCAACGAUAGUUAAUUAUGCACCUCUGAGCGAUGAAGCCUUGACCAAGUGUAUAAAAGAUUUGUCAGACUAUGUCGGUGUAGAACUUUCGGAGGAAGACUUGGAAAAUAUAAAAAUAGAUUUAAAAAAGGCAGAUAGUGGCUGCAAGGGAGCUUACGCCAAAAUACAAGUCUCAGAAAAAAACAUUAGAAAAUCAUCCGACGAGUGAAAAGUUGGUUGGGCAUGAAAAACCAAUUUUUUAUAUUAACUAAAAAAAAAUUGUGAUACAAGUUGGUGCCAUUAAAAAUAAAAGAAACAAGAAAUGCCCAACCAAACGUGUCGAAACAUUUCCCUUUAUUAAUAGAAAAAAAGUAUGUGCGCGUGUAAAAUGCUUUUCUCGUCAAACCGUAGAAAAUCACCGGGAAGACGAGACUCGCGAAAAUGCCAAUAAAAAACGUCGAUAUACAUUGUAAGUAACGAGAACCAGGAGACACGAGCACUCUGACAAAUAUUAAUCUCGGCCAAGUCAGUGCAUUUGUAUGAUAAUUGUUAUUUUUUCGCGCUAGAAGGAACUGGUUUGAUGAAUGUACUGCGCGACAAACGUUCAACAUUUCGCGUAUAGGCAAAUACGCUUGAAUCGUCGGUAUGGUUUGAAAAAUGAUUAUACGCAGCGAUAUUUUUCGAUGAUAACGUAAAACACACACACGCGUAUAACGUUAAAAAGAGCAUUGUCGAUUUCCCGGUACUCGAGAAAACUAGACGUAUAGGCACGUACGUGUUUUUCCGUCAAAAUGUAAUUACCCCGAGCGUAAUGGACGAGCCGGGUGAAAGCACCGGCCGAUGCGCGAUGCACCACAUGCAUCUUGUAUACAUAAGUACACCCCACCGCCUAGAGUUACGGUUGUUUUGGCGGCGCAGAUAUAAUAUUGAUAUUACGAAAUAUGCGAGCGCGAAUAUUCCUAUUGCUUUCCGUUUUUUCCUUCUUCUUCUUCUUUGAUUAAGCACGAGAAAAUAAGAAUGUUUGUAUCGACGGUAAAGAGGAUGAGAACAUAUUAUACUCAAGUUGUAGUAGAUUACUCGUCAGUAUACUUGCUAUCGUUUGUCAUCAAGGAAGGGAAGGAAAGCCGUUGCGUCGCUGUUACCUGCGGUGUUAUUGGCGUUAUGCAAAAAGUCUGCGUAAGAAAGUACGGGUGCCUAUUAUACAUUAUGUUGCUUUAUUACCUCCGUACCCCUCGCACGCAUCACUAGAUUUGCGCCCGUCCCUCGUAAAAAAGAUAAUUAAGAAUGCGUAGCUUUUUACACGCGUGGACGCCAAAUCGUGUUUUGUGAUUUUCUACAUAUUAUAAUAAACUGUAAGUAUAGGCUGUAAUUUUGA